AGUCACCCAUCUUCCCUACAACUAAAGACUGAGAUUUAGCGAACUCAAAGAAGUGAAGGCGCGACUGAAUCAAAUCAAUGGAAAAAGAGUUCAACUUCCAUCAUCAAUUUCUUCUUCAUCGUCUUCUACUAUUUUCUCUACUUCUAUUUCCAGUCCUCAUAAAUUCAACUACAACAACAACGUCAAUCCAACACGAACAAUCCGAAAUCAUAUCAAGAUUCCAACAAUACCUUCGAAUCAACACAGCCCAGCCAUCCCCAGACUAUGAGAAAUCCACCCAGUUUCUCCUAACCCAAGCCGAAUUCCUUUCUUUAGAAUCCCAAGUCGUAGAGUUCGUCAAAGGGAAACCACUCGUCAUCCUCAAAUGGCCAGGAUCCGAUCUUUCCCUUCCUUCUAUCCUUCUUAACUCCCACACCGAUGUUGUCCCAGCCGAGCAUUCGAAGUGGGUUCAUCCUCCUCUCGGAGCUAACAUCGAUGAACAAGGCAAUAUCUUCGCUCGAGGUUCCCAGGAUAUGAAGUGCGUUGGGAUGCAGUAUCUGGAGGCUAUUCGUAAGUUGAAGUCUUAUGGGUUUCAGCCAAAACGUUCUCUUUACUUGACGUUUGUCCCCGAUGAGGAGAUCGGUGGUCAUGAUGGUGUUGAGAAGUUUGCACACUCCGAUGUCUUCAAGAGUAUGAAUGUUGAUAUAGUGCUUGAUGAAGGGUUGGCUUCCCCCAACGAGAAUUACAGGUUGUUCUAUGCGGAGAGGACUCCAUGGUGGCUGGUAAUAAAGUCUACUGGAGCCCCCGGACAUGGGGCAAAGCUUUACGACAAUAGUGCAAUGGAGAACCUUUUCAAGAGCAUUGAGAUUAUCAGAAGGUUCAGGGCUUCACAGUUCGAUUUGGUAAAAGCUGGUUUGAAGGCUGAAGGGGAUAUCAUUUCGGUUAACAUGGCCUCGCUGAAGGCCGGGACACCUUCUCCCACUGGUUUUGUUAUGAAUUUGCAGCCAUCAGAAGCAGAAGCUGGUUUCGAUAUUCGAGUACCACCAACAGCUAAUGUAGAAUCCUUGGAGAAACGGCUAGCUGAGGAAUGGGCACCUGCUUCACGAAACAUGUCAUUUGAGUUUAAGCAAAAGGGUACCACCGUUGAUUACCUGGGAAGGCCACUCAUAACUGCCACUGACAGUUCUAAUCCGUGGUGGACUCUGUUGGAAGAAGCUAUCAAGAAAGCUAAUGGAAAGGUCGGGAAGCCAGAGAUUUUUCCUGCUGCCACAGAUUCCCGCUAUUUUCGGCAAGUGGGCUUGCCAGCUAUUGGUUUUUCACCUAUGGCUAACACUCCUGUUUUGCUUCAUGACCAUAAUGAGUUUCUAAACCAAGGGGAGUACUUGAAAGGAAACGAUGUGUACGUGUCCAUUAUUGAAGCAUAUGCAUCAUACACCCCACCUGGAAGAGAUAGCCUUCCAAGAGACGAGUUGUAAAGGAUAUGCACUGGCCUAUCUUCUUCCGCAAGUAAAAACUCUUAGCUUCUCUUGCUGCCUCGAAGUACGACCAUAAGAGGAGUGGAGGUAAGGUCAUCCUAGUAAUGUAUCGAUAGCAGUUCAGUUCAUCAUGUUACUUAUGGAUGAUGGGUUAUUUGAAUGUGCCUGAUGAGAUGUGUCGUGAUUCCUUCUCGUCUUAGCGAUCGAUUUUCAGUGUUAAAUUUGUGGAAAUCUGCUUGAUGGUUGAAUAAAAUGAGUCCAGGAUGAAAUGACUUUAAUAGA